AUCAACAUUUUGUUUUCCUUAUGACAUCCAAUAUGGCUGCGGUUGAUAGUGAAUUAAAGGAUAUGCUCACACUUUAUCAAGCCUGUUUUAAAACAUUAAUCAGGUGCCCAUGCACAUUAUAUGAACAAUGAAACUGGUUUUGCUUGUUGUCAUCAUUCCUUUUGUCCAUACUGGCAAUUAUGAGCUCAGCUCCUGAUGCGCGGAGGUGAUGGGAGACGGAGUCCACAGUCCUUGAUGGGUGCAAAAACAUAAUCCAAAGUUUCUCAGAAUCAAGAGGAUAUCUUCCACGGACGUGGUCUUUUUAGUAUAAAAAUUCUGCUUUUUGUUUAAAACCUUCCACUGAAACUUAUCAGUUUCAACACUGCCUGUUUCUUAGGCUACAAAAAAGGACAAUAACUUUGGAAGACACUUACAGCACCCAAAAUGUAUCAGUGUUCAUCCGGGUACCUGAGUAUUAUUUUGAAACAGACAUUUAAAGAAAUGUGAAACUAUCCUUUAAUCAGCGCGGACUGCCUCCUUAAGACACGAGUGCAGGGUCUCUUUACCCACCAGUCAGCUGGUAAAGUGUAUCAGUAGGUUAUGAAUGAAAAAAAAAAGUCUGUGACGUCACGCACGCGCGCUAACCCAGUGCGGGUAGUCUGAGCUCCGGGACACCCAGCUGGAGGAGUGGGAGGAGGUCCUACCAUCACCCCCCAUGCUCUCUGACAGUCUGAGGAGAAACCUGACGAGUCGCGGAGUUUUAUCACUUGGACUUUGAACGCACCGCAGCGGAAUAUAACGGGACUAACUUUUGCUCAAGUCUCGGGCGUUUCUCUACUUCCUGCAAGUGUCGGACUCCGUGUGUUCUUUGGUGGGGAUUAAUUUUAGGAAAGGCUGAUUGUGCAUUGCACGGUAGCCGGCGUCAUCCUCCUGGAGGAAAACAUACAAUCGCAGCGUGAGGAGGACUUUGGCUUCGAUCCACGACACCCCCCACCCUCCUCCCCCCGUCAUCCUCCUCUCCUCUUCCCUCCGACUGGCACAGAGAAGAGUGUGAGAGACUGAGCGAGGGAACGUGGGAAAGAGGAAGACGAUGUACCAAACGCUGCUUCUUUCCUCCUCCCUCUUCAUCCUGCAUGUGAUGGGCACUCCGCAGUUCUUCGCUCACCACGGGAGGAGGGUGUGUGGCCGAGACUUCCAUCACAGCGUCGUCAUGGCAACAGAGUCGUACGUCCAGCCGGUGCACAAGCCCUACAUCACCCUGUGUCAGGGGCAUCGCCUCUGCAGCACAUACAAGACGGUGUACUCGGUAGCGUACCGGCAGGUGAGCAGGGCGGCACCUUCUUCACAUUUCUACCCAGAGUGCUGCCCGGGCUGGCGGAGAUUUCACUCUCACAACUGCAACCAAGCUCUGUGUAGACAGUCCUGUGUGAAUGGAGGUACCUGCUUGAGACCUGACCGGUGUGCUUGUCCACUCGGCUGGACGGGACACCAAUGCCAAACAGACGUGGAUGAGUGUAGUGAGCAGCGACCUUGCGCUCAGGAGUGCGUGAACACUGCUGGCAGCUAUCGAUGUACGUGCAGAGACGGCUUCAGGCUUGCCGGAGAUGGCCGUUCCUGUCAAACCCUUCCUCCUCCUCCUCCUACUCCUCCUCCUCUUCCUGCCGCUCCACCCUCUCCCACCCAGGCGAGCCAGGCAACAGUGGGUGGUCACACAGAUGCGGGUGGAAGGCUUGGCCUGGUGGAGAACGUGACGGAGGAGGUGCAGAGCCUGAGGAACAGAGUGGAGCUGCUGGAAAAGAAGUUGCAGUUGGUGUUGGCCCCCUUCAGCAGUUUCUUCCCGAUGUCACUGGAUGAGGGCUUGUCGGAGAAAACUACCUUACUGUCCCACUCCUUCCAGCAGCUGGACCGCAUCGACUCCCUCAGCGAGCAGAUUGGCUUUCUGGAGGAGCGUCUCGGCACAUGUUCCUGCCAGGAGAAUUAGCCACCGAACGCGGCCCACAGCAUUUCAAGACAUCUCCCAUGAAGUUAAUAAUGAACCAAACCUGUCAGAGAUUGUAUGGACCAAGAUGGCUGCAGCGUGUAAGAAAGGGAUGGCGGGAAGCAGAAACAUCCUCAGCUUUUGUUAUGCCGCGAGGCAGUCAUCACACAGUUCGUCUGUGGUUUUCACUACUCCCAAAGGCUUCGUUUGCUUUUCUCCUUGGAUUACUGUCAAAUUCUCGAUUGUUGUAACAGUACCUGUGCCAGAGUCAGUUUCAACAUGACAUCAUCUCUGUAACAUCUGACUCGAACCCUCUGAGGGUCAGAGGUCAAAUUGGCCACUUUUGUUUCUGUGUUUGUUUAGCAUCAGUGCAGCUGCGUCCUCUGUCGAAAUCCAUUUCUGGAGGCUGACAUGGACAUCUAUAUUUAUCUAUUUAAAUUAUGAUUACUUUUAGUUAUUUCUCAGUGCUCCAAUAGACAUUUUUACCUAGUUUUGUAACAUUUUGUAAUAAAAAAAGGUCCUAAUCAUAAA